UACCGACCAAAAUGGGCAUGAAAGCUACCACACUCUUGCCAGGAACUACCAACACGCCAGAUGCUUUUGCUGCCCAGUAUCAACUUAUCGAUUAUGUGUCCAAACAUUUCUUUGUACGUAGGCUAGUGUCUCAAAAAAGGAGACGGAUGCUGGUUGGUGGAUAUGAUCUCGAUAUGUCUUAUGUCACACCUUGUAUAUUAGCAAUGUCAUUUCCUGCAGAGCGAAUGAAAGCCAUAUAUCGCAAUCCUAUGUGGCAAGUCAAAGAUGUUUUGGAAAUGAGACAUAGCGGACAUUACAAGGUGUAUAACUUAUGUAUAGAGGAAGACUAUGAUCCAUCCCAUUUUGAUGGUCGAGUAGAGAGAUACCCAUUCGACGAUAAUCAUGUGCCAUCACUUCCAAUGGUCAAGGAAUUCUGUGAAAAUGUUCAUUCGUGGCUUUCAAGUGACCCAAAGAAUAUCGCCGUCAUUCACUGCAUGGCGGGUAAAGGUCGGACAGGAUUGAUGGUAUCUUCUUACUUGGUCUACACUGGCUUGUUAGCAGAAGAUGCUCUUCAGGUCUAUGCAGAUAAAAGAACCACGAAUAAUCUUGGAGUAACAAUACCAAGCCAACGGCGUUAUGUUCAUUACUGGCAGAAAUCUCUUUCUUUUCCUGAGGGUUCCCCUCCAGAUGUGAAUCUUCCUAAACCAACUAGUAGGGAGUUGCAACAAAUUCGAAUUUAUGACGCCAGAAACAUAGAAACAGUCUUCAUUGUUCUGUCUGAAAUGCAAGAGGUCCCUGGACAGCGUUAUCGUCCAUAUGAACAUAAUUGUAGGAAAGUCUGCAGAAAAAUAAACAAUGUUUCAAUAGAAAGUCUUCGGCACUUUCACUCAUUUAUCGAGGAAAAUAAUGUUGGGCAGGAGUUAGAACAAGAAGGAACAGAUGAAAAUAACUGCCUCGAUUGCUGCUUUAAUCCAACAACAGUGGUUACCGGAGAUGUUUGUGUCACGUUCUAUGAAAAGAAUCUUGGGGGUCGUCUCUUUUAUGCGUGCUUCAAUACUGCAUUCAUUGAAAACAGCUCGCUACAGUUUUCGUUAUCAGAAUUGGAUAAAGUUACCAAUAAGGCUAAAUCAAUAGCAGGCCCCGAGUUUCGUGUGGAAUUACUCUUUGUUCCAGAUAAUCCUGACGACGGCGACCAAGAAGAUGGUUGUAAUUCUGACCCAUUGAAUUAGACCUGGUUUGACAAUCUUCUUUCAAAUUUUUCAAAAAGAGGAUGUAAAUUCUGAACUUGUAGAGUUGCUUACAGAACUCACAUGCCAGGCUAGUUAACCGCGACAGAAAGCUUCCUUCUAUUAGGAAUGGCAAAAAUUGAUGUACCCAGAAAUCAUCCAUCACAUGAAGUAGGGAUCUACUAACUAUAACAUUUCUUUUGUAAUUA